AAUCACGUACGGUACGUCAGUCUGCGGCGUAGGAUCAGCUGACGACUCUGGGGCUUGUAGAGGGCAAAACUGCUUCAAGCUCAAGCUGAGAAUAACAAGCUGUUUUAUUAUUGAAAAAAAAUUCCUGACCCAAGGACAAUGUUUCAUUAAAGAUCUUUAAGGUUUGCAAGAGAACAUGUCAGGAAACAGUCUGGUAUUACCCAUAGUGCUGUGGGGCCGCCAUGCUCCCACCCACUGCAUCUCCAGCCUGCUGGUGAUGGACGACCUGGCCACCAUCAUCAGCGGCUGCCAUGACGGUCAGAUCUGCAUCUGGGACAUGACCCCUGACCUUGAGAUUAACCCGCGCGCUCUGCUGUUUGGACACAGCACCUCCGUCACCUGUCUGUCCAAGGCUAGUGCGAGCAGUGAGAAACAGUACAUGGUCAGCGCCUCAGAGAGCGGAGAGAUGUGUCUGUGGGAUGUGAGUGAUGGUCGCUGUAUUGAGUUCACUAAGCUGGCCUGUGCUCACACGGGUAUACAGUUUUAUCAGUUCACCAUUGGGACCCAGCGUGAGGGUCGUCUCCUGUGUCAUGGUCACUACCCAGAGAUCCUCGUGGUGGACGCCACAAGUCUGGAGGUCCUUUACUCUCUGGUGUCCAAAAUAUCUCCUGACUGGAUCAGCUCCAUGAGCAUCAUCCGCUCCCAUCGCACCCAGGAAGACACAGUGGUAGCAGUCUCUGUGACUGGAAUUCUGAAAGUGUGGAUCAUCACAGCAGAAGUGAGCCGAAUGCAGGAUCUGGACCCUGUGUUUGAGGAGGAGUCCAAGCCGAUCUACUGCCAGAGUUGUCAGAGUAUUUCAUUCUGCACCUUCACACAGCUGUCUCUGCUCGUCGUCUGCUCCAAAUACUGGAGGGUGUUUGACGCAGGAGAUUUCUCGCUCCUUUGCUCCGUGCCCAGUGAGAAUGAGCAGGCAUGGACAGGAGGAGAGUUCAUCGCUGCUGAUAAAGUUAUAGUCUGGACCGAAGACGGCUGCAGCUACAUCUACAAACUUCCGGCCAGCUGUCUUCCAGCCAGUGAGCACUUCCGCAGUGAUGUAGGGAAAACUGCAGAAGGUUCCAUCCCUCCUCUGGUGUACAGCAUCGCGGACCGUGCAGACAAACAGCUGGAGGAGGAGUGCAAGGGGCAGUGUGUUAUCGUGUGUAUCCCUGACAGCGCAUCCGGUCCGGAGCUCUACACUCCUGAUCUGCUGUACCUCCAGCGGCCUAUAGAGGCACCAUUACUGAUCUGUCCUCCAGUGACGAGGUUCUUUUACGGACGCAGAGAGCCAUUCCAUAAGCUCUUGGUUCAGGGCGACUCGGCGGGCAGACUGACCCUGUGGAGCAUCCCGGAUACUUCACCGCUGCAGCCGCUGUCUUCAGCCGCAGAGCUGCAGGUUUCCUCCACUAUCAGCCUGCAGGAGGCGUUCGAUAAGCUCACUCCACUCCCUGCGGGCAUCAUCGACCAGCUGAGCGUGCUGCCAGGCUGCGAGGAGCCCAUAAAGGUGACGGCGAGCGUGUACAUCCCGUCACAGGGCCGCCUGGUGUGUGGCAGGGAAGACGGCAGCAUCGUCCUGGUGCCUGCCACGCAGACCGCCAUCGUCCAGCUGCUGCAGGGAGAACACAUGCUGCGCAGAGGCUGGCCUCCUCACCGCACGCUGAGAGGACACAGGAAUAAGGUGACGUGUCUGCUGUACCCUCACCAGGUGUCCCCGCGUUAUGAUCAGCGCUCUCUGGUGUCGGGCGGUGUGGAUUUCUCCGUCAUCGUGUGGGACAUUUUCACUGGCGAGAUGAAGCACAUCUUCUGUGUGCACGGAGGAGAGAUCACCCAGCUCCUCGUCCCGCCAGAGAACUGCAGCACGCGGGUUCAGCACUGCGUGUGCUCGGUAGCGAGCGAUCACUCGGUGGGUUUGCUGAGUCUCCGAGAGAGGAAGUGCAUCAUGCUGGCCUCGCGCCACCUCUUCCCCAUCCAGGUUAUAAAAUGGCGCCCGUGUGACGAUUACCUGGUGGUGGGCUGCUCUGAUGGCUCUGUAUACGUCUGGCAGAUGGACACAGGAGCGUUGGACCGGUGUGUGAUGGGGAUAACGGCGGUGGAGAUAUUAAACGCGUGUGACGAGGCCGUGCCGGCGUCUGUAGACGGUCUGAAUCACGCCGCGGUGAAUCUGAAGCAGGCCAUGACACGCCGCAGCCUGGCAGCUCUCAAGAACAUGGCACAGCACAAACUCCACACACUCGCCACCAACCUGCUCGCUGCAGACAACGCAGACAAGGGCAACUUGCCGAAAUACUCCCACAAUGCACUAGUGGUGCAGGCGAUGAAGACCAACCUGACCGACCCGGACAUGCACGUUCUGUUUUUCGACGUGGAAGCUGUGAUCAUCCAGCUGCUGACCGAGGAGGCACAGCGUCCCAAUCCCACACUCGUGUCCCCGGAAACACUGCAGAAAGCCCCAGGGGGCGCCGACAAGGGCGGAUCCUUCCUGGCCAAUAAGAUCUUUAAGCAGGUGAAAGAGACCAUCAAAGAGAACAUCAAGGAGCACCUGCUGGACGAAGACGAGGAUGAGGAGGAGGAGGCCCGCCGCCGUGAGGAGAAGUCUAAAUCCCUCAGCCUGCUGGAGUACAACCUGACCAUGGACACGGCCAAGCUCUUCAUGUCCUGCCUUCACGCGUGGGGCCUGAACGGCAACCUGGACGAGGUGUGCGUGAGCCGACUGGGCAUGCUCAGACCGCACACACCCAUCUCCUUCGGCCUGAUCUCGCGUGGCGGCCACAUGUCCCUCAUGCUUCCCACCUUUAAGGACUCGUUACUCAGGCAGCUGGGGAAGGGUGUCGGCCCCGAGGGCAGGAAGCUCUCCGUUUCCGAGGUGGUGGGCAAGGGCACGUAUGGCGUGUCACGUGCCGUCACGACCCAGCACCUGCUGUCUGUCAUCUCGCUGGCUAACACACUCAUGGGCAUGACCAACGCCACCUUCGUGGGCGAGCACAUGAAGAAAGCGCCAGCCAGGCCUCCAAGACCCGGUGCCCCAGAGAGCCCCAAAAAGACGCCCCCCCAGGUCUCCACCCCGGCAAUGCAGUCCCAGAUCAAACAAGCUGCUGCCGCCGCUUCCACCUCCGCUCUCGCACCCGGCACAGGGGCGCCUCACGCCGCCUCCACCUUUCAUUCCUCCCCCUCCGUAAAUGAAGGUUGGAGUCAGCUGGCUGCGAUGCACUGUGUGAUGCUACCUGAUCUGCUGGGGCUCGAUAAGUUCAGACCUCCCCUACUGGAGAUGCUCGCUCGCAGGUGGCAGGAUCGCUGCUUGGAGGUGAGGGAAGCGGCCCAGGCUCUUCUGUUAGCAGAGCUGCGUAGGAUUGGUCAAUCCGGCAGGAAGGACACCAUCGACAUGUGGGCUCCGUACCUGCCUCAGUAUGUGGAUUCUGUCAGCUCACCUGGAGCCGCUCCAGAGCCAGGCCAGCCGACUCCUCCCCCAGCCGAAGCCCCGCCCACUGAACCCAAAGCUCCGGAGGAAGAGAUGGACGUCACUGACGAUGACAUCACUGCAGGAUGUCUGAGUAACCUCCCUCCUAGCCUCAAGAAGAUCUCUAACUCGUACGAGGAGCGGAGGAAGCAGGCGACGGCCAUCGUGCUGCUCGGCGUGAUCGGGGCCGAGUUCGGAGCAGAGAUCGAGCCGCCCAGGCUGCCGUCCCGCCCCAGAACCAGCGGCCAGGCGCCCGACGGCUUCGGACUCACCACCGGAGGCUCCAACUACUCACUGGCACGCCACACCUGUAAGGCAUUGACGUUUCUCCUCCUACAGCCGCCGAGCCCCAAACUCCCCGCCCACAGCACCAUCCGCCGCACAGCCAUCGAUCUGAUUGGCCGAGGCUUCACCGUGUGGGAGCCGUACAUGGACGUGUCUGCUGUGCUCAUGGGCCUGCUGGAGCUGUGUGCCGACGCCGAGAAACAGCUGGCCAACAUUACAAUGGGUCUUCCCCUGAACCCGGCGGCCGACUCUGCCCGCUCCGCUCGCCACGCUCUCUCUCUGAUCGCCACAGCACGACCGCCUGCCUUCAUCACCACCAUCGCCAAAGAGGUGCACAGACACACAGCGAUGCAGUCUCAGGGAUCACAGUCUCAGCAGAACGUUCACACCACCACUCUGGCUCGGGCGAAAGCUGAGAUCUUGCGCGUCAUCGAGAUCCUCAUUGAGAAAAUGCCCUCAGACGUCGUGGACCUGCUGGUGGAGGUAAUGGACAUUAUUAUGUACUGCAUCGAGGGCUCUCUGGUCAAGAAGAAAGGUCUCUCUGAGUGCUUCCCUGCAAUUUGCAAGUUCUACAUGGUGGCUUAUUGUGAUCGGAGUUACCGUGUGGCUGUUGGUGCACGUCAGGGUUCUGUUGCUCUUCAUGAUGUUCGCACGGGCAAGUGCCAGCAUAUCCACGGUCAUAAAGGCCCCAUCACGGCCGUGUCCUUCGCUCCGGACGGACGCUACCUGGCCACAUACUCCAACGCCGACAGCCACAUCUGCUUCUGGCAGAUGAACACAUCACUCUUGGGCAGUAUAGGAAUGCUAAACUCCGCCCCUCAGCUGCGCUGCAUUAAGACCUACCAGGUCCCCCCGGUGCAGCCGGCGUCUCCCGGCUCUCAGAACUCCCUCAAACUGGCUCGUCUCAUCUGGACCUCCAACCGCAACGUCAUCCUGAUGGCCCACGACGGCAAAGAGCACCGCUUCAUGGUGUGAGGAAGGUCACACCAGCACCGAGCUCAGGCUCUCGUCGAGAACUUCAGGACCGUGUACCUCUGAGCAGAACGGAACCCAGGCCACGUCCGCGAGGAGACAUUUUAUUCGACACUUUUAGUGUGUUUACAUCGCUGUUUUUUUUUUUCAUUCCGCUUUUUAUUUAAACCACUUUUAAAUGUACUUGUGUGUCUGGUAGUUGAUUGAGGAUGAAGGAUUUUGGACAGUCAUUGUUGUCAAGUUGUGAGGGGGUCAAAGGUCAACAGGGAACUUUUUAAGAUAUGAAGGGAUUGAUGGGAGUUUUAAUUUCAUUUGCACAUAGCAAAAGAGAACCAAAUGUGUUUCUGGCACAUAACCUGAUCUCCAUGGGGGCCCUGUGUUCCUCCUUAAGCCUAACCCUAGUAACCCUGUGAUCCGUGUGUGAGCUCCAAAAUUGUUCCUGCAUGAGGUACUGAAACUUUUCUUACAUUUAAACCGGACCAAAAUGGACCAGAGCCACUUCCUGCAUAGGUGUAGUUUAAAAGACAUCCGGCUACUUCCUGCAUUGGCGUAGUCGACAAUCCGGACACUUCCUGUUGUGCGGUUUCUCGGUAGCAUGACGAGUCUGAUUUUUGCCUUAUUGCUACUGUAACAUUAGUGAUAACAGGAAAUAACUUGUUUUGCGAAUGUUCCACCACAUUAAACGUAACUAUAAACUGAUAAAAAGUACAACAUGUCAUUCAUAAUAAAUAAGAAAUUGUAAUCAUUGGCGAAUUGCUGUAGUGUAAGAGGAAUAAACACGUAAUGACAUGCUGUUAAAGAAAAAUAAUCAACUCUAGUAAAAGUAUUUCCUGUUUUGCGCUAGAUAAUUAAUACAGCCACUUCCUGUUUUGGCAUAGUUGACAGAUCUGGCAACUUCCUGCAUUCCCCUAGUCAACGAAUCAGACCACUUCCUGUAUUGAUGUAGUCAGCAAACCCAGCCCCCUCGAUUAUCCUUUAUAAAUAAACCCCGCCCCUUUUCAUGCCAUGUAGAAGUGGCCUUGAGUCCUGGUCUGACUUAUCACUGAAAGUGUGUAGUGGAUGAACAUAAUCAUAUCACAUAUUGUUGAUUCGUACAUAUUGCAUCACCGGGAAGACGCCUGAACGUAGCUUGUCGUGUUUUUUCGUACAAAAAAAAAGUGUUUUAUUAUUUUUGUUCUGUCUUGUCUAGCCGUGAGUUGUUUUUGCGUUAUUGUGGAAUAUUUGCUAGUGUGUUGUUGAGACGCUGUAUUGCUAUUUAUCAAAGUAGCUUUUCUUAUCUGGGCUUUGGAGUUAGCGUGUGUUGCUAAUGCUGACAAGCCUGCUAACACACACGCACACACACACACACACACACACACACACACACACUCAUAUACCAUGUGCUGUAGAUACUAGCUCAGAAUAAAUGAAGGUACAAAAGAAUAUUUUCAACAAAUGUUUGUGUGUAUGUUUGUGUGUGUGUUUAUGUUAGUCUGAAUUUUGGUGCAGUGAGAAAAUGGGAGUGUGUGUGUGUGUGUGUGUGUGUGUGUGUUGACUGAACGAUGAUAGUGAAGAUAUUAGUUGCGUUCCAUUCUGGAGGCAGUUGCCUUAGAAAUAACAAGAUUUAAUGAUACCUGUCGUGUUUUAACAAAAAAAUUACCUUUGCAUUUUGGAUGCCAAACUUCUAUGUUUUAGCGUAUGCAUUUUGUUUAUUUACGAACUUUUGCUAAUUUGUCAACUUACCCAAGGAUGAAUGCUGAAAUAUCAGCAAAAAAAUUUCAGAUAAUUUCCUACAUUUCAUCACAACUAGAUUAUGGUUUUCUCAAAAACAUAACUAGCUAUCUAACUAAAGCUAACUAACAAGUUGCGUAGGUUGUACAAUCUACGUAAGUUUUAAGGUGAUGCAAUGUUAAACCUGGUUUACGUAUGCUGUGCGAUUUCUGCCUAAAUUCUGAUGUUGCAGAUGGAAAUCGAACAUUGUAAAAUAAUUAUUUGGUCAUGAGUUGCGAUCUGUGGUCCGAAUCUACCAAUAGCAGAACGGCAUAGGAUCACGCUAAAUUUACAAAACAGCUACAAAUACGGUAAUAGCGAUUGUGAAAUGUAAAUGUAAACAUGCUAAUGGACAGAAAAUUCUCCUUAUUACCUCAAGCUCGCUUUGAAGAAUGUUUGUGUUUACGUGAGCCCAUUUUUGGAUCGCGCUGAUUGAUCACGUAAACAGAAUGUAAUUUUAGUAAUUCACAGGUCUAUCGUUGGAGGAUCUUCAUUGUAAAAUCCGACAUGUAGAACACAGGUUAUUGCGCUGUUUGUUAUCGAUUUUGGUAUGAUAUGGUAUUAUGAUGAGUAAUAAUCUUUAACAAAAAAAAAAAAGUGCUGAAGUUACUAAGAACUAGCUAGUUAAUUUUCACUACUAGCUAGCUACAAGACGAUGACUUCAUUCAUGUUUAUAAACAGGAUUUUUGUGAACAAACAUGUCCACAUCUUUCAUGCUUUACAAACGGAACUGCUUUUAUCUUGUUAGUGUGCAAAUGCUGUCUAUGUAGGGAGCUGCCUUCUGAUUGGAUCACAACAACUGACUCAAUAUAAUCUCUCUCUCUCUCUCUCGCUCUCUCUCUCGCUCUCUCUCUCUCUCUCUCUCUCUUCCUCUCCUCCUACUCAUUAGGCCAGCCUCUUAACAUGCUCACACACUCAUGAGAACACUUUCUACAACUUCCUUUUUAAAAUAAAUGAGAGAGAGAGAAGGAUGGGGAAAAUAUACUUCAGGAUGGAGAGCAUCCUCCAUUCCUCCACUUCUGUGUUUCAGGCCGGUGUGUGUGUGUGUGUGUGUGUGUGUGUGUGUGUGUGUGUGUGUGUGUGUGUGUGUGUGUGUGUGUGUGUGAGUGAGUGAAGGACUCGGCUCUCAGACCACUGACCAUCGCAGCAGCGCGUGAUGUCUCAAUUUCUUGAUUUCUUUUAGGGAAAUAAAUGAGUAGAAGGAGAGAAAACAGCAGAGACGAAGACGUUCAUGCCAAAAUGGACGUCCAGCAAGUGGUCUGUUCUUCUCUGCAUGUUGUUUAUUUAUUCUCUUCUGCAUUCUUUAGCUGUCUGUAUACAGUAUAGACAUGAUAGACGUAUACACACACACACACACACACACACACACACAAAUGAGAGAAGCCAUUCAGUUAAUGUGUAAUCGAGAGUUUAUAAAGCCCUUAUUACAGUGUAAUACAGCGUUACUGCAGCCUAAUAACUAUUAAUAAAGAAUAAAGAUUAUUCUCGAAGACAUUCAGAUGGAAUUAAUGCAAAUUCCAACCAAAAAUUAUCCACUGGAAAAAAUUUGCCAAAAAUGUAAAUAAAUAAAUAAAUAAAUAAAUAAAUAUAACCAACAAAAUAAAUAAAUAAAUUUAAAAAACUAAUUACAAUUAUGAAUAACAGCUAACACAGUGCCAGUUAUUUCAGUAAAUUUGUAAUAAUUAGAUAAUUAAUAAGAAAUAGCGUCGCUGUCUCAAACAAGCAGCUGCUGUUUAAAGCCUGGAUCAAUAGGUGCAACACUGAAAGUAAAAACAUCACAGUACAAUCUCCUGAUUUGUUGUGUUUAUUAUUAUUAUUUUUUUUAGUUCUUUUAUUUAUUUAUUUAUUUUUAUUAAUUUUUUUGUAUGUAACACCUUCAUUCAGAGGGGUCUUUGUUGUUUUGAUUUUUUGAGUAUGUAUUUAUUGAUUUAGUGUUUUGGGUAGAGGGAUUUUAUGUAACAUAAUUCAGAGGGUUUGUUGUUUUUUUAUUUUAACAUUUUUUUUGUUUUUGUACGUAACAUCAGGGGGGGAAAGGCAUUGAAAUUUUACAUUGUUUUUUUUUUUAGUUUUUGUUUUAUUGAUUUAUUUGUUCGUUUAUAUUUUACUUGUUUGCAUUCAACAGCAUAAAGGAAAAAGCAAAAGAACAUUUUUUGUUUGUUUGGGUUAAAAAAAAAUUUCUCCAGCAAAAAAAAGCAAAUUGAUUCUUUAAAAUAUAUAAAUAUAUACAAUUUUUACAAUUCCAUUGCUUACUGCAACACCUCUGUUGUAAACAAACUUUGUUGUAAGUCACAUUUUGCAAAAAAAAAAAAUUCACGAUGAUUUGACUUUUUCAGUAUCUCAGACUCAUAAGAAUCAAUGUGUAGAAAUUUGAAAAUCUAAUAACAAAUGAAUAAUUACAGUUAAGUGUACAGCUUGGCACAGAAUUCUUUUAUUCUAUUUAACUGAAUAUUAGAGGCAUUCAUUUUAAUCUUAUCAUUAGUUGCAGUUCUAGAUUUCCUUCAUUGUCAUUACUACAGUAGUUACAGUGUUUAUUACAGUGUAAUAAGGGAUUUGUAGAACUAAAGUGUGACUGAUUUAGGGCUGGAAAGUUUCCUCAACACACACACACACACACAACACACACAACACAAUCUGUGUCUCUCUUUCUUUUGUGACUUAAUACAAUUAUGAGAAUUUUAGCAUCAUUUGUGCACUUUACAUCACUCACAGCACCUGUGUUAGGUGCUCAAGUUCGUGUGUGUGUGUGUGUGUGUGUGUGAGAGAGAAAGAGAGAGAGAGAGUCUGCUAACAUUUACUGAAUAUAUUGAACUGUGCUAUAAAGCUGUGUUUGAAGACAACGCUGUUGGUUGUGUACAACUCUGUGUUCAAUAAAAUGAAAGAUAUCUGA